CUCGCUCCGCCCCGGCGCCGCGCGUCGCCAGGGCCGCGGAUGCGCGCAGCCGUCCAGCUUCCGGAAGUGCCUCGGUGAGGGUGGUUAGGGCCGAGGUAAGCGCGUAGUUUGGGCGGAUCGGAGGGCUAGCCGAGUCCUGGGGUCAAACCUGAAGUCGCUUCAGCUCGCGCACUGUCAGGAGCGAGCUGGGGCGGGGACAGCGGUCUCAGCCCCGUGCCUGUCGCGCUCGCGGACGGCAGGCGCGUGCGGGGGAGGGGACUCGGGGCGGAACGGAAAGUGGACUCUUCCGGGUUGCUCGUCCCAGGAGAGGGAUCGGGUCUGUCCGGACUCCGGUUGGACACUGCCAGGUGGCUAACCGCUAGUUACUGGCCCUCAGUGAUAACCCCAGCUACCCCUUGCAAACCCCCAGAAGGCUGCCCUAGCUCUUCCUGGGCUUGAAACGUUGCUGCUUGGAAGCCCUGGAGGAUCCAGAGCUGUUAACUUUGUUUUUUGUUUUUGUUUUUGUUUUAAAGAUUUAUUUAUUAUUAUAUGUAAGUACACUGUAGCUGUCUUCAGACACCCUAGAAGAGGGGGUCAAGUCUCAUUACGGAUGGUUGUGAGCCACCAUGUGGUUGCUGGGAUUUGAGCCAUCUCUCCAGCCCACUUUUAAUACUUACUUUACAGGGCUGUCAGGAGGGUCAUCAAUGGCACAAGCAAAGCCUACAGUGGUCUGAUAAACAAAGGGCCACCUACAUGUGCAACCCUGUGUGCAACCUACGUGUGCAUAGAAAAAUUGCAUUUCACUUCGAUUUCUUAAAGCGUCGGUAAUACAAAUAUAACUGAUAAAUCACGAGUUUCUUCUGUGAGGAGUGAGAGGUAGAGUCUCAUCCGGACACAAAUCCAUACGUCUCUCUAUAAGCAUCGGCUCUCAUUCCUCAACAUCCUAGAAGACACAGUUCUCUCCAGAGACUGCUCCAUCCUGGACGCCUCUCACCUAAAAGAUCCCGUGAAGCCAGACAAUGCCUGUUGACUUGGGGCAGGCCCUGGGCCCGCUUCCUUUUCUGGCCAAGGCUGAGGAUGCCACAUUCUCUGCAUCAGAUGCUACCCAGCAAAGAGAGCUUGCCAACCCUGAGACUGCUCGCCAGCUUUUCAGGCAGUUUCGUUACCAGGUGCUAUCGGGGCCCCAGGAGACCCUGAGACAACUCCGGAAGCUCUGUUUCCAGUGGCUGCGGCCAGAGGUUCACACCAAAGAGCAGAUCCUGGAGCUGCUCAUGCUGGAGCAGUUUCUGACCAUCCUCCCCGGGGAGAUCCAGAUGUGGGUGAGGAAGCAGUGUCCAGGCAGUGGACAGGAGGCAGUGACGCUCGUGGAAAGCUUGAAGGGAGAACCCCAGAAACUGUGGCACUGGAUCAGCACCCAAGUUCUAGGACAAGAGAUUCCAUUCGAGAAGGAGAAUUUGACACACUGCCCUGGGGACAAGUUGGAGCCUGCACUGGAGGUGGAGCCCUCACUGGAAGUGGCACCUCAGGACCUGCCCCUUCAGAAUUCAUCCUCAGCAACUGGGGAGCUACUGAGCCAUGGUGUGAAAGAGGAAUCAGACAUGGAGCCAGAAUUAGCUCUGGCUGCUUCCCAGCUUCCUGCCAGACCUGAGGAGAGGCCUGUUAGAGACCAAGAGUUGGGAACAGCAGUUCUCCCACCACUACAGGAGGAGCAGUGGAGACACCUGGAUUCUACUCAGAAGGAACAGUACUGGGAUCUCAUGCUGGAGACCUAUGGGAAAAUGGUCUCAGGAGUAGCAGGCAUUUCCAACUCCAAACCUGACUUGACUAACUUAGCAGAAUAUGGGGAAGAGCUGGUGGGCCUGCACCUUCACGGCGCUGAGAAGAUGGCAAGACUCCCCUGCAAAGAAGACAGACAAGAAAAUGACAAAGAGAACCUAAACUUGGAAAAUCACAGGGACCAGGGAUGUCUGGAUGUUUUCUGUCAGGCAUCAGGUGAGGCUCCACCACAGACUGCCUUGAGUGAUUUCUUCGGUGAGAGUGAGCCGCAUCGCUUUGGAGGAGACAGUGUCCCAGAGGCUCUGGAAAACCAUCAGGGUGAGGGAACUGGGGCGCAUCUCUUUCCUUAUGAAAGGGGCUCUGGGAAACAGCCAGGUCAGCACAUACAGAGCUCGUCUUUGGGAGAACUGACUGCCUUGUGGCUAGAGGAGAAGAGAGAGGCCUCUCAGAAGGGACAGGCCAGAUCCCCCAUGGCCCAGAAACUGCCCACUUGCAGAGAGUGUGGGAAAACCUUCUAUAGGAAUUCACAGCUUGUUUUUCACCAAAGGACUCACACGGGAGAGACAUACUUUCAUUGCCACAUUUGCAAAAAAGCCUUUCUACGAAGCUCAGACUUUGUGAAACAUCAGAGAACUCACACAGGAGAGAAGCCCUGUAAAUGUGAUUACUGUGGGAAAGGCUUCAGUGACUUCUCAGGCUUGCGCCACCACGAGAAAAUCCACACAGGAGAGAAACCCUAUAAAUGCCCCCUCUGUGAGAAAAGCUUUAUUCAGAGGUCAAACUUCAAUAGACAUCAAAGGGUUCAUACGGGUGAGAAACCUUAUAAAUGUACCCACUGUGGCAAGCAGUUCAGCUGGAGCUCCAGCCUUGACAAGCAUCAGAGAUCACACUUGGGGAAGAUGCCCUGCCCAUAGCCACGUCCCCAGGUACUACAGUCCACUGCAAGCCUGCUCACCUCUGCCUGGAAGAGCUUGGACCAGAAACGACCUCCUCCUCUCUGUGUGUUGGAGGGAGAGGAGCUGGGCACUGUUUUGAUGUGGAGGGGAUGUUGUUCUGAGUUGAGUCUAGUUUUUCUUUUGCACCAGGAAAUAAAACAGUUUUUGUUUGUUUCAGCUGGCCUCCUAUUUUGGACCCCCUGGGAAAGACAUGCAGUGUAGAUAAUGACUUUAGUAGCUCUCCAAUGAGAGCCUGACUGGCUUCUAGAGCAGGCUGUCACAGAAGGGGAGGUAGGGUCGACUGUGAGUGCAUGCCAUCUUUGUCAGACUGGUGACAGAGUUCCUGUCUAACUGUCCUUUAUUUGAAAUAAACUGAGCUGAGUUGGUCUCUA